AUGGCCUGCCUUCUUGGUGCAUUGCAGAGAAUUUCUGCAGGGGUUUUCUUAGCCCUUUGGGGCAUGGUUGUAGGUGACAAGCUGCUGGUGGUCCCUCAGGAUGGAAGCCACUGGCUUAGUAUGAAGGAUAUAGUUGAGCUCAUCAGUGACAGGGGUCAUGAAAUUGUGGUGCUGGUGCCAGAAGUCAAUUUGCUUUUGAAAGAAUCCAGAUACUACACAAGAAAAAUCUACCCAGUGCCAUAUGACCAAGAAGAGCUGAAGAACCGUUUCCACUCCUUUGGAAACAGUCACUUUGCUGAGAGAUCAUUUCUGACUGCUAGUCAGACCGAGUAUAGGAAUAUCAUGAUUGUUGGAGACAUGUAUUUCACCAACUGCCAGAGCCUCCUGAAGAACCAUGCCACCCUGAAUUUCCUCAAGGAGAACAAGUUCGAUGCUCUUUUCACAGACCCGGCCUUACCCUGUGGUGUGAUCCUGGCAGAGUACCUGGGCCUGCCCUCUGUGUACCUCUUCAGGGGCUUCCCGUGCUUGCUGGAGUACGCGUUCACCAGAAGCCCAAACCCCGUGUCCUAUGUUCCCAGGUGCUACACAAAGUUCUCAGACCACAUGACUUUUCCCCAACGUAUGGCCAACUUCCUAGUUAGUUUGUUGGAGAACUAUCUGUUUCAUUGUCUGUAUUCAAAGUAUGAAGACCUGGCCUUGGAUGUCCUCAAGAGAGGUGUGCACUUACCUACCUUAUAUCGGAAGGGCUCCGUGUGGCUGUUGAGAUAUGACUUUGUGUUCGAGUAUCCCAGGCCCAUCAUGCCCAACAUGGUCUUCAUCGGAGGGACCAACUGCAGGAAGAGCAGAGACCUGUCUCAGGUUGGUGGAAUUAUUUCUUUUGCAGUGCCCUGUUUCUUCAUAGGCAGACAUUGUUCUUAG